GUUUGAACUUAAGCGUUUGUCUCGGGUGUGAUAAAGUUGAAUACAUUCACAGGAGUUGUGUAAAUUCUUGGCUCUGCGUGUUGCAAAGAUGACAGAAGAACUCACAGGACAAAUGAUGGAGGAAGAGGAGGAAAGGGAGAAAUUGAAGAUUCCACAACAAAUUAAGAAUAACACAGCUCUCCCUAAACAAACUCAAGACAGUCCUGACCUUAAGAUGUCUGUGAUUAAACAAGAGCCUAUGAAGAGAGACAGACAGGACUUGAUCUCCACUGAAUUUAAGAGAGCACUCCUGGAGGUAUCUGUGAUCAUGAGCAGGUCGGAGAUAAGGAAGCUGGACAAGGCCAUUGCAGCAAAGAAGAGUGAUCUGAAAUGGCUUGAACAAAUGAUUGAGAGAGAGAAUUACAGCUUUGAAGAAUAUCUCAAGAGCUGUGAGAAGAAAUCUGCAGAUGCCAUAAAACUUUUUGAAAAAGAGAGGAAGUCCAAACAGGAGAAGAAUGCUGCGAUUGAGAAGUUAACUGACGAAAUAAGGACCAUAAAAAGUGAAUUUGCUAAGAUUGAGGAAAUCCCGUAUAAUUAUAAGAGACACGAGAACAUUCUAUUCAAGCUGUCAACUCAGCAGUGGCAGGAGGGUUUGGAGUCCAGUCCAGGUAGCGUGCCGCCUUCGACCAAAGAGCCCACGCUUUCCACAGCCCACAACGAAACACUCUCAGAAUAUGAGCAGAAGUUGGAGCUAUACUUCUCUGAUUCCCAGCAACUACUGGAUCUGUUGAAGGACCUGACAGAGCAAAAUUUGUCCCUGAUUCACAAGUUCACCAGGGUGAAUGAGUUACUGGUGGAGCCCCGGCAGGCCAUUGGGAUCACCUUGAAGAAAAUGAAAGAGGAUGAAGAGAAGCUAAUGUUGCAGGUCAAUGACAACAGAGACAGAAUUGACAAAGAAAAGAAGAGAGUUUUCCAUCUCAAAAAGAAAGUUAAGCUCCAUGACUCGUUAAAAACAGAGAAUCAGGAUAUUAUGUUGGAUGCUAUGGGCGUGAAGGUGACGGAAGUGCAUUGCUGCUGUGUGGAUAGCCGGAUGACAAGCCUAAGCACCUUGGAGAAGCUGUCCAGUGUCGAGUACCGUAUGUCUUUACUGCUCCAGCACAUUGAGAGCAUCCCUCUGGAAAGCUUGGAGACACUGAGGCAGAUCAAGGACAGUGUGAGGAGGAGCAGGCUGCGUGAAGCAAAUCUGAGACUGGAGAGGGAGAAAGUGAAAGAAAGGAUGAAGAAGUGCAUGCAAAGAUCCUUGUGUGAUACCAAGAAAAUUAGUGGAAGAAAGUUCAUGCCCAGAUGCAUCCCUGUCAAGCAGAAGAUCAAAGUCAACAGUAAAGACAACAUCCCUGCCAAAGACGAACUCUAUGCCUACCUCUUUACCACUGAGGACAUAGAGAAAAAAUAAAAUAAACACAUAUGAUGUUUUCCAUGCCAUGAAAAGUGAAAAAUGCAAAAAG